AUGGCAGGUACAUCACCUCACGAAAAAGGGUUGAUCCACACGGCUGCUUGUCUGAUCAUUGGAGAUGAGGUACUUGGAGGCAAGGCAUACUUUGCCAAGUGGUGCUUCUCUCUAGGCGUCAACCUUCGUCGUGUGGAAGUCAUCGCCGACGAUGAGGGCGAAAUUGUUGAGGCCGUGAAACGCAUGUCUAGCACCUAUGACUUCGUCGUUACCAGUGGAGGCAUUGGUCCAACACACGACGACAUUACCUACCAGUCGAUAGCAAGGGCUUUUGGCCUGCAGUUGAAGCUGCAUGAUGCAGCUUACGAGCGUAUGAAGCGCCUCUCGAAACCUCACAAGUCGCAGCCAAAUUUUAGCUGGGAUGUGCCUUCAGCCGCACUUACAGCCAAGAAGCGCAUGGUAGAGUUGCCAAUUGACGACGCAGUACCUGAUGAGGACCAAGUCAUCUUUGUGAACGAUACUCUCUGGGUGCCUGUGAGCUGUGUCAACGGAAACGUCCACAUCUUGCCCGGUGUGCCUAGGUUAUUCGAGGCUAUGAUUGACGGCAUGAAGCCCCGCGUUUUGCCUCGCCUGACCGAUCCAGAAGGCAAGGGCGUACUGCGAAUUUUGAUCUCUACGCCUCUGGCGGAGAGUGCUGUCGCUGGGUAUCUAACGGAACUGGCGGCGAAGGCGGAACCAAGGGGUGUCAAGGUCGGUAGCUACCCACGAUGGGGCAAAGAUCACAACACAGUGACACUUGUCGGCCGUGAUGUUGAGUUCAUGGAAGGCCUAGUCCCAGAGGUCGAGAAGAACGUUGAUGGCAAGCGUGUUGCGGUCGAGGGCCAGGACGACGGCGAGACAUCAGACAAGGACACAUAG